AUGUCAGCUACGAUGGAUGCCGCACGCCGCUUCUUCUUGUCGCCGCAGUUUGCCGUGGCGGGAGCCAGCAACGAUCGCAGCAAGUUUGGCUACAAGAUCUUUGCUUGGUAUCACCAACACUCUCUGCCCGUCAUUCCCCUUAACCCCCGCGCCCCCGAGAUCGAACUGCCGUCACAGCAGUACCAGACGGUGCCCUCGCCCCGCGCCUUGCCCAACCCCGACCAGACCUCACUCUCCAUCGUGACGCCUCCCCCAGUGACUCUCGCCCUCCUCAAGGAGGCCCACAGUGUGGGGGUCCCCGCGGUCUGGCUGCAGCCCGGCACCUACGAUCAGAGCGUGCUGGACUUCUUGGAGGGCCAUUUUGCGACGACGGUGGUGGGCGAUGGGGGAAGAGGCGGCGAGGGCUGGUGUGUGCUGGUGGAUGGUGAGGAGGGGUUGCGAGCCGCUAAGCGGGAGUGGAAGGCUCAGCUGUAGAUACUAUCCACUAGAUAACUAGUUGAUUGAAUUUAAUUUAUCAUGUAAUGAAGCAUGUUUGGCGGUGAGAGUGAAGUGGAGCAAAAAGAACGCAAAAAGAAGAAA